CGCGCAACUCAGUGUUGCCGCGCAUUUCAAACGGUGCAAACGCAUUGUCCUUCGCGACUCGGGUCGAUGACACUCGAUAUGCGAGCUUUCAUUGAUAUUUUUAAUUGAUGAGUGAAUGUUAUGAGUUAUAAAUUCAUUAUAUAUUCAGAAUGAAAUCGAUUAUUUUGAUAUGUAUCGCGAUUAGUUUGGUACCGGUUGCGCUAGGAAAAGGCGGGCGAUAUUCCAGACUGCAAACGGAUCCGCUAUCUAAGACAAGAUGUGACUUAAUAUGUCUUGAUGCAAGCAAGGAAACGAAGACAAAGUGUCGAUCAGAAUGCCGGGCACGAGAACUGAAACCCGGGACCUGCCCCAAGUCAGACAGCCCAAGGUGGCAGGCUGCAUGCGUGGAGGCAUGUAACCAGGACUCUCAAUGUGAUGGUACCCAGCGAUGCUGCAAGUUGGGCUGCAGCUCAUCUUGUAAUGAACCGGUUGACUUGCAUACAAUACCAGGUCUUCCUGCACUCCCAACAAUGGAAGAAGCGAAAGAAAGACGACGCUCUAUUCUAGUGAAAUGGUCAGAUGGUGUUGGUGACUCUGCUAGAGCGGUCCCGGGUAGAGUUCUCUACCUUCUAGAAGAACAGCAUCACUUAGGGCCGAAGUAUGAAGAAGCCAGGCUGGGCGACUGGAACUUGAUUGCGAGAACUAAUAAAACAAAGGUAUCACUAAAAAAUCUAUUGAAACCGGGUCGCUGGUAUCGGUUUCGAGUGGCUGCAGUCAGUGCUUCUGGAACCAGAGGGUUUUCGGAGCCAAGCGCGUCCUUUACACCACGAAAGGGACCAAGACCACCGCCUCCUCCGAAAAAAUUAAAAGUACGACCCGUUCGAUCCCAAAAUGGCACAGUCACGGUAAAGUUGGAAUGGAAGGAACCUCGUUCAGAUUUACCGGUGAUGAAAUAUAAAGUGUUCUGGAGUCGACGGGUGCGAGGCUUGGGUGGCGAGCUGGAUUCAGUGCUUGUUAAUCAUCAGACUGUACCAAAGGAACAAAAUUAUGUAGAAAUAAAUGAUCUACAGCCCAACUCGUUGUACUUUUUCCAAGUUCAAACAAUAAGCUUAUUUGGAUUGGGAAAACUCCGCAGUGAAAAGGCUGUUAUUUUCUAUAACACUACUAGUGGCGCAGGUGAAAGACCACCGGAGUCACUACAAAAACGAAAAGACAAUAAGAAAAUUACAGGUGUGAGAUUAAACAGGUUUCUAUGGGAAGACCAUAGAGUAAAAGCGAGAAUUGCAUGGCAACCCGUAGGCGCAGCAAAGGAUAAACAACCGAAAAGAUUUUAUGUACAUUGGAGGACAUUCAAGUGCCACCAUCCAAUAAAGGAAGUUAAAAAUCUUUCGGCGAUCACUGCGCAAACAUCGUUCGAGUUGUACGAAUUGGAUUAUCACUGCAGCUACAAAGUGAAUGUCAACGCUUCGGGGGACACACUCACACCGGAUUCAGAAUAUAUUCUUACAGUACCAAGUUGUGAAUAUUUUCAACGAAAAAUUAAUGCAACCAUUCAUUGUAAAACUUGAUGAAACUUAAUAAUUUAGUUUAAUUACUCAAUGUAUUGUUACUUUGUUAAGUACACUUCGAAGCACCGUGUUAUUUGCGUAGAUUUUUUUAAUUUAAUGAAUGAUAAAUCUACAUAAUAACCUGUUAGCUAUACAGCAGACUCCUUAGUAUUAAAUUCGACAUUAUUAUAAUUUAUUUAUCAUUUAAAUAAAACUCUAUAAAAAUCAA